CCUAGCUAAGCAUGGCGGAGAAGGACGAGAAGGUGGGCGUGGGUCUGUCCUCCACGGGGCAGUUCGACCAGGAUAUCUACGGCUCCAGUCGUGAUCGCUUCUCUGGCUACAGCGCGACAGUCACAGAAGAGGGAGACGAGGGUGAUCAGGAACAACGUGCAGAUGACCAUCACUCUCGAGCCAAGAAAACGCAGCCUAAUGACGGGCUUAUCGACGACAACUACGACCCGUUCGCCGAGGCACGGGAAGCCAAUGGAUCAGGACUCGUCAACACGCGCAUCGUGGACCGCGAGAACGCGUACCGUAAGCGGCGUUUCGAGCGCAUGUUGUCUCCCGAGCGCGGCGAUGCCUUUGGGGACAAGACACCGGCACGCAGCUACAAGGAGAUUGUGCAGACGCAGCAACUGGAACAGGAACGCGCUGAAGUAGUGCGUAAGAUCCAGCAGAAACGCGAAGAGCAGGAGCAACAGCAGACACAGAGCCAAGAGCCACAAGAAAUGGACGCGACACCCAAGAGACGACGUAAGCGGAUGCGUUGGGACCAGGAAGCCCCAGAGAAGACAGAUGGAGAGAGUCAAUCCGAGUGGGACACUGCCUCUGAGAGCUCGUCCAGCUCCCUGGCUGCUACACCCUCCCGUACGGCGUCAAGAUGGGAUGCCACACCUGUCUCGGGGUCUGCGGUGGGCGCUACACCCGGCAGGAAGAACCGCUGGGGAUGA